GUUUGGAUUUAGCCAUGAUUCAGUAAAGACAGCAAUAAAGCUAUUGAUAUCGUGUAGAAAGGCUUCCCCCACCUUAUUUGUAGGUAAAAUGCUACGAAUGUUGGAGAGCACCCCUUGGAGCGGGGAAGGCGUCGUAGCCGAGACGACCGCAGGCGAGGCGGCGCGGGGCUGUCCCACCGCUGCUGGCGGCGGCGAGACAGGCGACGGCGGCAGGUCCGAGUUCCCGGCCGACCUUUUCAGCCAGCAACAAAGGCAACGGGGCUGGGUGGUGCUGCACGUCGCGGGAACCGCGUACGCGCUGGCGCUGCUCGCCAUCGUCUGCCAGAAGUACUUCGUCCCGUCCCUGGAGGUCAUGGCCGACUACUUCCGAGUUCCCACCGACGUUGCCGGAGCAACUUUCAUGGCCAUGGGCACAUCGGCACCCGAAUUGUUUUCUUCUGUCUUCGGUCUAUUUGUGAGUGAAGGCGACAUCGGAGUGAGCACAGUAGUGGGGUCAGCAGUCUUCAACAUCGUUGGAGUCACCGGUGUUAUCGGCCUCAUCAUUUGGAAAAAGACAGUGGACAUCAGUUGGUACCCGGUGACCAGAGACUGCAUCAUGUUCGCCAUCACUGUCCUGGCCCUGGUGGUUUUCGUCUGGGACAACAGCGUCGCUUGGUGGGAAGCUUUGAUCAUGUUGCUCAUGUUCAUCCUGUAUAUAGUCUACAUGUCAUUCGACUCACACAUCUCCAAGUGGUCUCAACGAAAGGUGAGGUCUUCAUGUUUCGACGGGUUCCUUCAAUCUCUACCUGCAACACUGAAGCAUGUGGGUGAAAACACACCGCUGUUGACAACGCAGACAAUUUUAUACGUGGAGCAGUGCCCAGAGAAGGAAGACAGCUCGGGAAGCGACACCCUUCUCGGUAGCUCCUCGGUGUCUGAAAACGAAAACGUCCUUCUGAGUGGCCACGUCCGCAAGAUGGAAUCUGGAGAGACGUGUGGCGCCUGGUCGAUGCCAUCCGACGGCUCUCUGCGUCUGCUAGGCUGGCUCCUAGUGUGGCCCGGACUGCUGCUGAUGGGCCUCACCAUCCCGGACUGCCGCCAGUCACGCUUCCGCAAGUGGUUCCCCAUCACCUUCGUGGUAGCCAUCGUCUGGGUCGGGCUGCUCUCCUACUUCAGCGUCUGGAUGGUUACUGUGAUCGGAGACACCUUUGGAAUUCCCGAGACCGUUUCAGGAAUCACACUCCUGGCUAUUGGCACGAGUAUGCCGGAGGCGAUAACUAGCGUCAUUGUUGCCAGAAAUGGGCUGGGCAACAUGGCCCUGUGCAACCUGCUGGGCAGUAACGUUUUUGACAUCCUCUUCUGCCUGGGUGGUCCAUGGUUGGUCAAGGCGGCCUUCUUCUCGCCCGAUCAGCACAGAGUGUUUUUCAGCAGUGCCGGCGUCAGUUUCAGCGCCGCUGUACUACUGACGCUUGUUCUCCUGCUUUACUUGUUCCUGGCAGGAUUCCGAUGGAAGCUCGACCUUCGCAUCGGAAUCGCGUGUUCGCUGCUGUACGCCGCGUACAUCGUGUUCGCCUGCAUGUACGAGAUGAAUGUAUUUGGCGUUGUCAACAACUUUGUGUGCUUGUAGAGGCCAUGCAUACCCGUCGAAGUGUGUAUAUAUAGCGUGUACUCAAACCGGCAGUUUACGCUGUCGUCUUUGAAGGAGUAUAGUCUGUCAAUGCCAGGCCGUAGUCUGGAGUGCAGUAUUAAUAUGUAGUAAUAUAUGACGUAUGGACCAGGGGGCUUAGCAAAGGAGGACUGCGAAGAAGGUGGAUAGGGGAUGGAGGCAGAGAUCUGCAGAAAACAUAAGAUGAAAUGCAGACCAGUAACCAGUGUUUUGGUUUAAGUAUUCUGAUAUCCGUGUGGAAAACAUUGUUGAGCUUAUCGAGCGUGGUGCAGAGCUCCGUACUUUGCACACUGAAAUGAGAACUUUGCAAUCGCGAAUGUGAUUGUUAAUGUGCUUUAAUUGCGCAGUGUGAUCUUUGUGGGGGAAAAGGGGCGGAGGGAAGUGGAAUUAGAGCCCUCCGAGAAAGUUAGCACCCUCCGAGAAACCGACGCGGAGCAUUCAACAUUCCUUGCCCAAAAUUGAAGUCGCGUGGAUCGUUAUAGUACAAUCUAACACUCUAUAUAAUGUAAGAGUCACUGGAGCGUAUAUUUCAACUUCGUGGUGCUCAUAACAAAGAUAGUGGAUGUUGCAUAGCCCGCCUGCUUUCACGAAUGUCGUUAACGCUCUUGUACGCUUUUGGUGUAGGGGACGAUCCAGACUAUAUAAGGCCCUACGUUCUUUUGUCCUGUAAACAGUGCAUAGUUGGGACAAUAGGACCUUCCGGUGUGAGCCGGUUGAAUAUGCCAAUGUUUUAUCCAAGCUGAAUUGUAUAUCUAUACCAUUUCAAUACAAAAUAUACAAAGGCUUUCGCAAAGCGUCGUAUAACUCUUCGGCUGCUCAAAAACGUCUCAUUUUCACCCGAAAGGCGAAGCAUCGAUUGUGAUAGCAAACUACUAGACAGCUAUACGAAGUACGGAUAGUAGUUUUAUCAGUCGUUUAAACUUGUAAACAUUCGCUCACUAACUAACAGAGAGAGAGAAAUAAAUAUAAGAAAGGAAUGGCAGGGAGGUUAACCAGACGCACGUCCGGUUUACUACCCUGCACUGGGGGAAGGAAGUAUAGGGAUGAAGACAGAGAGAGGGGAGAUAGAGAGAGCACAGUCGCACGCACAUUUGAAGUUUCGCACCAAGUCUACACACGGUCACGAAGACACGUCGACUUCAGGUACCGCAACAACGCUUUCAUCGCUUUCUGUGCCAUCGAUGCGUACCGCCAUGGUCCAAAGAUCUUCAUUUUGGAAAAUGGCAUAGAGUUCAGCUAGUUCAAUGCUGUCUGGAGAGCUUCACGCUCGAUGUCGUACUGGGGACAGAUACAUAAGAUGUGUUUAAUUGUUUCUAUAGUUCCACAAGAGUCGCACAUGGGCGUAUCCCCCAUUCCAAUGCGGAACGAGUAGGCCUUUGCAAAUGCCACUCCGAGUCAGAGGCGGUACAAUACUGUCGCCUCGGAGCGGUAUACUUUUGGUGGCACUUGUAGCUUUAGAGAUGGAUCAAGUAUAUGAAGGUGACACUUCGGGAGGUUGGGAGAAGACCAAUAUUUCUGUGUCAUAUCUGUAGCCACGAUAUGAAGCGUUCUUGCAGCGUCGGUUCUGGAUAAGGGUAUUGGAAUUGGUAGGGCCUCCAGAUGGGCAGUCCGGGUGGCUUCGCUGGCGAGGUCAUUACCAGCAACGCUGGUACGUCCAGGUAGCCACUGAAAUAUAAGUUCAUGCCCUUUAGCGAUGAUAGCGUGAUGGUGGUCUUGUCUUCGCUAAUAUGCCUGCUGCUCAUGAGUCCUGUGAUAUAGGGCUUACUAACUAAAUUAAAAAGCAUGGUGUCACACGUGCACAAGCAAACAUGAAAACAUCUCACUCGAUGACCGCGCACACACGCUGUCAAAACGCUGUAGUGAGUAAGCGCAGCAGCAGCGAGCUAAUUGACCUUCAUGCUGCCUCUCGCUUCUACGCGAGUUCGCAACGAACUCGCUGACAGUGAGGUAGGAAAAAAAACCAUCUGAUAUAUUCCACAUUCCCGACUGAACAGCAGCGUUGGCUCAUGUCAGUCACGCGAGACCUCUAAAUGUAUAUUGACAGUUCACUGUCUCUCACCCACAACUAAAUUGCUGGAUUUUAACAACUCUGUUUUCCAGUUUAUGUCAAUUUCUUACCUUAUAUAUAUAUAUAUGUAUAUACAUGUUAUUUGUAUAUAUAUGAUUGUAUGUCUUGACAACAUAUACAAUUGCCUGCAGGAUUCUGAUGCAGACGGAACAUUUCUGCGCAUACCCAAAAUCCUCACGCAACGAAACAUACUUGCUGCACAGAAUUAGCCCUGGUGCCACUUUCCCGUUACGCGCAGCUCAUCGAGGAAGCGAGUUGCCCAGACUGGAAGCGGACUUCCACGCCUUAAACUCAGGAACACGCGCUGUGUGUUUAACCGACAUGUGACAGCGAGCUAUACUGCAUGAUUUCCUAGAAGACCUACGAAAUCAUGCAUCUACUCUUGUUCGGUUUUUUGUAUUUAACCUAAUUACUAUCCCCUUAAGGCCGAAACAUUAUACCGAGGGACGUGCGUUCAAUAGAAAAGUACAAUCAAUUACAGACCAAGAAACGCGUAUUAAGAUACACAAUAUGAAACACAACGCGUCAAAACAACCAAAGAACGAAAAGAAUACAGAAUGGAAUAAUUACUAAAAAAAUCGCAUUUCGCGGUAAAGUAAAUUUAGGGGUACUUGAAACGCUGCUGGUCUACUUUAGUUGCUGCGAGCGCAGGACGGUGGACACACUUUUCAGGUGCACUUAAGAGAAAAGAAGGGCGGAAGCUGAAAGUCCCGCAGAAUGGGAUCAUAGCGUAAUGGUAAUGGCCAAUAUGUGAUGACACAUAUUGUCGGGACCAGUUAUUCGCGAAGAGCCGGAAGGUAUAGAAUGUGAAGGUAAUGGAUUGACAUAAUCUGGAAAACAGUUUUGAAAAUCCAACAAUUUAUUGUGGUUGAGAGAGAGUCAACUGUCAUUAUCGAGCAAGCCAAGUGUCGUUCGCCCUUGGUGGGCAGUUUCCUCUUUCUUUUUGUUUUCAGAGUAAAUCAUUCGGGGGUGAGGCCCACAGUUUCCUGGAAUGAUUAAUCUGAAAAAAAAGUGAUAAACAGAAUGACGGAGACGCAAUGAUUGGACAUUCUGCGAUAGCCCAGCAAUUCACGCUUCUGCGAUAGCAAGGAGCGACGUGUGUACAGCAAUUGUCAAAGCGGCACCUUGUGCUCUCUUCGCCGCCAAUGUGCGCGCGCAGUUUAACCAGGCGAAAGUGAGCGCAUGAAGGCAGAUAAAAAGGAACGCGCAGCGCAGUGCACUAGUAUUUAACCCUAUAGACACCCACGCCACCAUCAGUGAACGCAGCGAUUGCAGUUUGGUUGCCCUCUUCUGUGGUCCGUAGAAUUUUGCUCUCGACAAUAUAUGUAUAGUAGUUUAUGGUAUACCUUAUUCAAAAGCUAUAGAAAAUUCUAUAAAAUUUAUUGCGUUAAAGAAGGGCGAUGGAGAGGGAUGCGAGAAGUGCGGUAUGCCAGUGAGGUAUCGCAUGAGAGAACUGUGUAUUAGCGUAUUUUGUAUUCGUAAAACUGCAAUUCAAGAAAAAUGGCAAGAUUAGAUAACAGUAAAGAAUCUAUCAUUUUACAUAAAAUGCUUGUUAAUAACAUUGAAUGGUAAUUAAGAGGUUUGCAUUUGUUAUUUAACUUAAGAAUGGCAAGCAACUUCCCUGAUCGUCCCUCCAGUAGGGAUGAUAACAUAGCAAAAAAAAAAAAACUCCGUUUAAUACCCAUGAUUCCCACUGUAGCUGAGUGAUUGGAGCAUCGCAUUUCCGUUUGCUGCGUCUGUACGAAACUUCUACGUAUACAAGCCAGCCAUAUGUGUGAAACUUCGUUGUGAAAACGGGUACGCUCCAUCACUGACAUUGAUAAAAGAUAGGCACAGGUACAAAUCGCUAUCAAAAUACUUCUUGCCUAUUGUUCAGCGGCCAAUAUGUAGAGGUUGAGCGUUAUUUGGGUUCAAAC